AUGGUCUCUAAGUACCCACGAUCUGUGCGGGGCUGCCUGCCCCUCUGGACCUUAACGCUGGAGGUGGCUCUCAUCCUCAUCUUCUUCUUAUUCACCUCCUAUGACACUUCCUUAAAGAAAGAGAAGAAGAUCAUUGGGGCCUAUCGAGUCUUCCAGGACAUUACAGUCAUGGUGGCCCUGGGCUUGGGCUUCCUCUCCUCGUCCUUGCGGAGACUUGGCUGGAGUGGCGUGGCCUUCAACCUCUUCCUGCUGGCGCUUGGGGUGCAGUGGGCAGUCCUGCUAGAUGGCUUCCUGAAACCGUCCUUCCUCAGGCACCAUGAGGUUGUCAUCAGUCUGUCCAGUAUUCAGCUGGCUACCAUGAGCGCUAUGUCCGUGCUGAUCUCAGUGGGAGCCGUCCUGGGGAAGGCCAACCUGGCACAGCUGGUGGCGAUGACACUGAUAGAGGUGACAGCCUUUGGCAUCCUGAGGAUGGCCAACAGGAAGUUCCACAAUAUGGACAGCCACACAAGCAUGAUGCACAUCCACGUGUUUGCAGCCUAUUUUGGGCUGACUGUGUCCUGGUGUCUCUCAAAGUCUUUGCCUAAGGGAGCAAAGGAGAAAGAUCAGACAACAAUCAACUCCAGUUUGUUUGCUAUGCUGGGGACCCUCUUCUUGUGGAUGUUCUGGCCAAAUUUCAACUCUGCUCUGGUGGAGAUUCCAAGCGAAAGGAAGAAUGCCAUAUUCAAUACCUACUAUGCUCUUGCGGUGAGUGCAGUGACGGCGAUCUCGGUGUCGGCCUUGGCAAACCACCGUGGGAAGAUCGACAUGACUCAUAUCCACAAUGCGGUGCUGGCAGGAGGUGUGGUUGUGAGUGCCUCUGGUCACCUGAUCUCUUCUCCUUGGCUCGCCAUGGUGCUGGGCCUUAUGGCUGGGCUCGUCUCCAUCGGGGGAGCCAAGUGCCUGCCGGUGUGUUUUAACCAGGUACUGGGCAUCCACGAUACCUGCGGCAUGCACUACACCUUCGGCCUGCCGGGACUGCUCGGAGGGAUCGCCUACAUUGUACUGAUGAUGCUUCAGGUCAACUGGACCAAGAAUCUCAUGGUCGGCUACCAGGUGCUCAUCGACACCGGGGCACUCAGCAUGGCUGUGGCUGUGGGUCUGGUAUCUGGUCUUCUGACAGUUUCCUCAUUUGGCUGUUGGAUUUUAAGCAAAAGCAUCCAAGAAAAACAAGGUCUGUUUGAAAACAGGACAACUUCCCUCCACUGCUGCCCACCUUGUUUUGUGUGUGACAAACACUCGUUACAGCAAAGCCUCCUUUCCUACCAUGAAACAAACAAGGUCAGCGAUAGAUCUGAUAUUAAAAAACAAAAGACUAAAAAUUUAAGUGGUAAUUUCAUAAUAGAUUUGAAUAAAUAUAUUUGGUUUCAUUAAAGAUGAUGCUAUCAACAUUUUCUUGGGUACAGACACAUAAUUAAGGUUUUGGUUCAAUUUUAUUGACAAUUCUUAGAUCUAUUCUCAUGCUAAUAAAGAGUACUACCCAGUUAACUUGUCUACAUCAGCAGAGCAGAUGAUGUAAAAUUGGGAAAACUUAAGAACUCAAGUACAGUUAGUCCUGUAAUGCUGAAGUGCUUUUAUUCCAACAUUUUCAUAAGGUAGUUCUUAUUCCCUGGUCACCUUCUGAAUUGAACUGUGAGGAAAAACAUCAUGGUCCAUUGUGGAGAUACGCUAUGUCAAGGUUAAAAAACAAGUUCCCUGACCUUGGCGAAAUCAUUUAAAUUUCCCCAGUCUGGGUUCCCUCACCUGUAAGAAGAGAAGGUGGACUUGAACCUCCAACAUACCCUCUAAUUCUCUAAAACUUGCCCAAAGUGAUUUGCUGUGGGAGGGUAGCAACACAGCCAUUCUUUGGGUAGUGUCUCGACGACCAGGCAAUGUUCCAAAUAUACAUACUGGGAGAUAAUGGCUUACUCGGAAAGAGUACCAGAAAUCAUUUAAAAGGUACUUUGUGUUUAAUGAAUGGCUAACUGUAGAAUAUUUAA